UUAACAUUAGCCGUUUGGUUUUUAUACGAUUACAAAAAAUUGCAUUUAUAAGGCGAUUCAUUAACGUAGUUACAGUCACUACAGUGUCGUGCACGGGGCAUCUUUCUUCCUCGGCAGUGGAAGUAUUUAAAACGAAUUUUAUGUAUAGAUUGUAUCGAGCGAAAUGCGGAAUAUAAGUUUACGAAUUUAAACCAUGUGUACAAUUUCGAUAAAUUAAAAAGUACUUAAUAUUUUGCCCUAUUUUAAAAUUAAUGAGAAUCAUAUAUUAACAUAUAAAUUGUUUCUUUUAUAGAAUAUCAAUUGAGGAAUGGAAGAGUACGCGAGAGAACCAUGCCCCUGGCGUAUAGUAGAUGACUGUGGUGGUGCAUUUACAAUGGGUGCCAUUGGUGGUGCUGUAUUUCAAAGUAUUAAAGGUUUUCGUAAUGCACCCAGUGGAAUAAACAAAAGGCUUCUGGGAAGUCUAAUGGCUAUUAAACAAAGAUCCCCAAUUAUUGCUGGAAACUUUGCAUUAUGGGGAGGUAUGUUUUCAACAAUAGAUUGUACAUUGGUUCAUCUUAGGAAAAAAGAAGAUCCUUGGAACUCCAUAAUUAGUGGAGCAGCAACUGGUGGAAUAUUAGCAGCAAGAAAUGGUUUACCAGCUAUGGCUGGUAGUGCAAUUAUUGGAGGAGUGUUGUUGGCUUUAAUAGAAGGUGUUGGAAUAUUUAUCACACGUUUAUCUGCGGAUCAGUUUAAACCUCCAUCUUUCACAGAAGACCCAACGCAUCUGGGGCAAGCAUCUCAGGGUCAUCCAUCAUAAAACAUUAUAAAUACUUAGACACAUUUCAAAUUACACUCAAAUAAUUAAGUACAAAUGUUUCAUAUUGUUUGAAACAAUAGUAGUUGGAAGCUAUCAUAUUGCCAGUGCAUCAAAUUUGUAUAGACAAUUCAACUCUUUGAUUUAAGAAAUAAUAAUAGUUUGGUUUUUAUUUAAUGUUGUUUCUGUAUUUUAUUGAACUGUUAAAGGAUAAGACAGUUAGCAUAAAGAUAGCGAUAUAUGAAUAAGAAAUAUAUUUAUAAAAAUAAACUGACAAUUUACGAAUUUUAGUUUUACUUUUUAUAAAAAAGUAAGCUUAACAAAGUAAUUAAACUAUAUCAUAACUAAUAUGUACAUAAUUUAUAUUCCUUUUAGGUUAUAAGAUUCACUUAACUAUUGUUAAAUGUCAUCUUCAUCUUCCAUUUCUUCCUCGUAAUGCUUGAAAGUUGUGGCUACAGAUAAAUCCAGAGAGUUAUUUGUGAGAUCUUCUUGAUUAUCAUCUACUGAUUUGUGUGACAUGGGUUGUUCUGCACCUCUCAAAGAUUUAUUCAUUAAUCCCAGUAAGUGAAGCUGUUCCACCUUGAAAAUUUUGUUACAAAAUAUUGUUGUAUAUAACAAAAAAUGUAAACUACAAAUUACAGAUAUAUUUACUUGUAA